UUUUUAUUCAUUCUACUCUCACAUGUAAUAUUACUCAAAAACAAAAUUUUUUACUUUCAAACAGGAAGAGACGAACACUAAAUUAGAACAGAAUUUCUCCAUUGCAAGAUGAGACAUACCAGAAUCAAAUUAUCCCCUGCAGACACUACACUUCUCAGACUCCCACAUUGCUUCAUUCUUGAUAUAUUUCUAUCUUACUCAAGCUUCAAAAAUGAGAAUUUCAAGCUAGACUUUCAAAUAUUUAACCAGUUGAGCCGGGGCAUUUACCAGUACUUCAUUGACCAAUGAAAUGCCAAUAUGAGAUUUAGAGUUUCAUUUAUUGUGUUUUCUAAUGAAUUAAGAGUUGCAUUCAAUAUGUUUGAUGAAAUGCCAAUGUGAGCUUUAGAAUCGUGAUUCUAGUUGUUUCAUUUUCAUCUCCUUCUUCUUUGAUAUCAUGAGGAUGCCCAAAUUGAAGUUUUAUGGAUAUGGAUGCAUUUUCAAUUAUCAAAACAUGAAACGAUUUCGACCCACUUUAUUGGAAAACAGUAUUUCGUUUAUGGAAGUGCUGCAAUGUGUGCAUUAGUUUUUAGUAAAACCGAAUUUAGACUUUAGUAAUCGUUACUCUCUUCAAGAAAAUACACGUUCAUUUUUUUGUUUCAUUAGCAUUUAUGAUGCUCUCUGUAACUUAAUGUAAUGUAACUCCGAAGUUCUGACCUUCUUUUUUUCUCACUCAGGGCUUCUCUUAAAGAUGGAUAUAGGUACUCUCAGGCUCUAGUCCCACGGGCAGAAGAAAUUGCAAAAUGUGGCAUUUCUGAAGGUUCAAGAAAGAUAAAUGAGAAAUAUAUAUAUUCAAUCUCAUCUUCUCUCACAGUUAGAAGAUAUAAUGUGGCAUUUCUGAAGGUUCAAGAAAGAUAAAUGAGAAAUAUAUAUAUUCAAUCUCAUCUUCUCUCACAGUUAGAAGAUAUAAUGACUCUCACUGCCUUAUUUUGGAUAUUUUGGAUUAGCAGAAUUUUUGCAACUCCUUUUAAAUUGACAUUUUGACAAACGGCUGGAAUUCAAGUUGUUAUUUGACUUUUCCCUUUCAACAAUGAUCACCUUCCUCCUUUUCGCCUGCUUCUGUGACUCUGAAAAUUUUGUCUAAUGAAGCUAUCUUUUGAGC